GUGGAGUACGCAGUUUGAUUUACCUAGUACUGAACUCUAGAACGAUGUAGAAUAGAACAGCAUCCGAAUAGUACGAUGCUGUUAUCUUUUCGCCCACGAACUCGAUUCAAAUGUUCCUCUACUUCUACGCUUUUUUCCAAUGUGAAUAAAUUCAUACACAUACCAGCGCACCGCCACAUGCUUUACUGCAAACUGCAACUGCAUUUCCAUGGCAACCACUGAGUCCGAGAAGCAGGUGAUUCUGAUUGGAAUCGACCAAAGUGAUUUCAGCACCAACGCUCUCCUCUGGACUCUCGAUCACUUGCUAUCGCCAACCCUUAAUCAUAACUUCAAGCUCGUUCUUGUUUAUGCCAGGCCUUCUGUCUCCGCUUCGGUUGGUUUUGUUGGCCCUGGAGCCUCUGAGGUUUUGCCUAUUGUCGAAGCGGAUUUGAGAAGAAUAGCUGCCAAAGUCACUGAAAAUGCCAUAGAUCUAUGUCACAAGAAAUCCGUAAAUGACGUAUCAGUGGACGUGAUGGAAGGUGAUCCUAGGAUUGUUCUUUGUGAUGCUGUGGAAAAGCACCAUGCUUCAAUGUUGGUUGUGGGUAGUCAUGGUUACGGGGCUCUAAAAAGGGCUGUUUUGGGCAGUGUAAGUGACUAUUGUGCUCAUCAUGCACACUGCACUGUCAUGAUCGUGAAGAAGCCAAAGCACAAACACUGAUAUCUUUCUCUGCACAACAAUCAAAUACCCCUACAUCAAUUACCAAAAAGGGAAAAUAAAUGUUUGCAAUUACAAUAAUAUUUUUUCUUCAUGAAUAGCAGACUUUAAAUUUGAGCUUUUAGGUUCAUUUUACUUUUUAAUUUUCAUAGCUAGAACCGACAAAUAAUGUAUGUAACACAAUGCUUUUUCCUCUUCCCAGUGCUUGAUUUAUACUGUUCAAGAGCAGCUUGUUCA